UUGAGGAUUACCGGUGAACAUAUAAAUCCUGUCAAACUUUGUGAGACCUUCCAUCCAAAGAAAAGGAAGAAUGGAGAGCUAAUUGAUUAUUCUUCACAACCGAAAGUUAUGGAGGUUAUUAACAAGCUGUCUACUACAUUCCAUGAAGCUGAAAGUGAACAUCAAUCACAAGAAGCUGAAAUUUCUGCGGCAGCAAAAUCAGUAAUUUCUGAGUUGCAUUUCAAGUAUUUUGAUGUCGUUGGGUACAACAAGAAAAGAAUUUUGGGAACGGGAAGGUAUUCCAAAGCGUUUCUUCUCCAAUUAGAGUCAAAUCAUAAAGGAUCUUCAUCAAAACGCUUGCAUGAUUUUUGUGUUGCUUGGGAUGAGCAUAUGAGAAAAUGGUUGUCUUCG